GACAAUACAGGACAUUAACCACAGGACAGGAGAUCGGACUAUCUAUAGGAGAUCGGACUAUAGGCCAAGCUGGAAACCAUGCAUGCAACCCGAGACCAAGCGAGUACCACGGAUCAGCCCUUAGAAGACGACAUGGCUGAGGGAGAUCUCGGGGACGGCACCCGGCCCAUAGCCGAAAUCCAUCGUUCGCGGACUAGGAGCAAAGGAGACUUUUUGGAUUUGCCUUCACAGAUGAAAUCCUCUAAAUUGAGCAGUGACGGGUGUGGGGGAUCUUUCUCCUGGACAUCAUGCAGUGCGAUGUAUACCGCUUUCAGAGAGGAGCUGGAGGCUGAGAGGAUCUCUCAGUGGAGAAUCAGAGACUCAGGAAUCAGCGCUGACGAGAGCAGUGAGGUGUUGCAGAGGAGACUGCAGGAAGUCACAGAGGAAGUGGAACUGUUGAGGACAGAACUGGAAGUGACGCAUCGGCAUCUUGAAGGCAAACAUGAAGCUCUAAGAAUCCUACAAGGCCAAGCCAUAUUAGAUAAAGCCACCUGUCACACCAAGAUCUUGCUGCAGAAGAGUGAAGAGCGGGCCAAAGCUCUGGAAAAGGAAGUGAACGCUUUGCAGUGGGAGAUCACCUUCAACCAGGUGCAGUUUAAGAACCUUGAGCACACGUGGGAGCUAAAAUAUAACCGGGUGUGUGCAGAGAACCAGGCCUUGAAUAAAGCUCUUGACGAGAGGCUGGAACAGUUUCAGGAACUGCACAGAGAGAACUCGUCAUUGAGUCAGCAAUGUCUGGAGCUCAUGGGCUUAAUGAGUGCUCAGGAAAGGAGAGACUUCCAGAAGGCACAGCCACCAUGCAACCAAAGCAGCGAGGGAUAUGCACUGGAGCUGGCUGUGUACGGGGCGUGUAAGUGCAGUUCCAGUGCAGGAGAUCCGUGUUCCUGCGCGAAGAGCGCGGCCGCAAGCCGCAAACAAGUCCUUCAGCUGAAACAAGAGCUGGAGCUACAGAGGAAGAGGAUGGACGAAGCGUACGUGAUGGCUGAUGCUUUCCGGAUCGCGUUCGAGCAGCAACUGAGAAGAGGGAGCGAGAAAGUGUUGCAGCUGGCAGAGAGUGACACACACAAACAGGAGAGAGGGAAGCAGGGCUCGGCUGGCGUGACCCAGGCGCUGAAGAGGUUUCUGCCGUCUCUCAGAGAAGGAAAAGUCCCGAGCAACCUGAAAGAAACCCUGCAGCUGCUGCUCGAUCUGCUGAGUGAUAAAGAGGAGGCCUUGGCUCAUCAAAGGAAGGUCAGCUACAUGUUAGCGCAGAGCUACGAGGACCUGGAGAAGCGGCUUCAGACACAGCUCAAGGAGCUCGACAUCUCAAAUCACGGGGCUAAAUCGAAUCUGGAACCGGACAGAUUCAAACGCAACGUGGACUCAAAAACAGCAGAUCGCCUGUCCUGUUCAUGUGACCACACACCAGUCGUCAUGGGCGAGGAUGAAGUGAAGACACAAAGUGAGAGCGAGGACUAAACUGAAGGAGUAAAGAUAUCUCAAGACCUUCGUCAUCGGGAUGUAAUCACUAACCAUGAGAGUUUGGAGCGUUUUUUCCAAGGAUUAUAAUGUCUUUUAAUGAAAAAAAUGAUGCUGAAUCAGCAUUUGUUUCAUUGUCCUGAAAGUGUAAUGAACAUUCUGAAUGUUGAACUGGUUAUUAUGACAUAGAAAUAUGGAUUUUAGCCAACCAAGUAAAUGAUUUUUGUGUCUAGUACAUUUCUGACAGGAUGUGUAAAAAUAACAGAGAUGUACUGAUACACACACUGAUCAGCCAUGACGUAACGUUAUGACCACCUGCUUAAUGUUCAGUAGAUCUCUCUUUUGCCACCACAAGGGCUGCAGUUUUGGAGUUGCUCUGACCCCACAGGUUAGCCGUCACAAUUUGGUCCUUCUUACAGUAACUAAGCUACAAUAUCGUGUCACAAGAGAUUAUCUCGUUAUCUCAUGACUCUUUUGUCACUUGCUGUCUAAUAUAGGUGCUGGAGUCAAAAAAAUUGGGUAAACAUAAAAAAUUGAGUGACUUUAACAAGGGCCAGACUGUGAUGGCUAGACAACUGGGUCAGAGCAAGUCCGAAAACUGCAGCUGUUUGUGGGGUCUUUCCGGUCUGCAGUGGUCAGGACAUACUGUACUAAAAGUGGUGCAAGGAAGGAAAACCAGUGAACUGGAGACAUGGUCAUGAGUGGCCAAGGCUCACUGAUGCACGUGGGGAGUGAAGGCCGGCCUGUGUAGUUUGGUCCAAUAGAAGCACUAAUGUACUGUAGAUCAAAUUGAAGCUGCUGGUUGUGAUACAAAGGUGUCAGAACGCACUUGCAUUACUGUUAUGUUGGGAAAAGGGGGGAACCUAGUCAAUAUUAAGGGGCGGUCAUAAUGUUAUGGCUGAUCAGUUUACUUUAAAGUAUACAUUUUAAUAAAUGAAAAGUGUCCCAUGGGGGAAAAAUAAUAAUUAAAUAGAAUCAGGUAUUAGAAAGUAAAAUGUAAAUGCUUAACCAGAUGAUUUGAUGCUUUCAUUUAAAAUAAAAUGUUUAUUUUUAUU